CCCCUCCCGGGCAGGUGCGUGCCCAGCGGGCCCCCUGCCGCGCCAGCUCCCCCUUCUCCCCGCAGCUCGGCGGCGCUCAGGGCUCGCCUCACACCCCGGGGCGAGGGACCAUGCCCGGGGCCGGCCUCGUGCAGCCGGCAGCUCCCCGCCCCGCCUCCUCCUCCCGCCCCCCCCCCCCGCGCCGUGCGGCUGGCGGCUCGCAGGGAGGGAGCGUGAGCAGCGAGCGGGCGGGGGUUAAAGGUGCCGCUGGAAGGGAAGUUUGGAGAAGGUCGUGCCGUGUCUGUGCGCUCCGGCAGCAUCAUGGCGGAGCCCAGCGACUCGCCUGUCCACCUCCAGCAGCCCGCGCCGGCGGCCGCUCCCGCCGCCUGGCCCAUCUGCAGGGACGCCUACGAGCUGCAGGAGGUUAUCGGUAGUGGUGCUACAGCAGUAGUACAAGCAGCACUAUGCAACCCCAGGCAAGAACGUGUAGCAAUAAAGCGAAUCAACUUAGAAAAAUGCCAGACCAGUAUGGAUGAAUUGCUUAAAGAAAUUCAAGCCAUGAGUCAAUGCAAUCAUCCCAAUAUAGUGACCUAUUACACAUCCUUUGUGGUUAAGGAUGAACUCUGGCUGGUUAUGAAGUUACUAAGUGGAGGUUCAAUGCUGGAUAUAAUAAAGUAUAUCGUCAACAGAGGGGAACACAAGAAUGGUGUCCUUGAAGAAGCUAUAAUAGCAACAAUUCUUAAAGAAGUUUUGGAAGGCUUAGAUUAUCUACACAGGAAUGGGCAAAUUCACAGGGAUUUGAAAGCUGGCAAUAUCCUUUUGGGUGAAGAUGGCUCAGUACAAAUAGCAGAUUUUGGUGUUAGUGCAUUUUUAGCGACAGGAGGCGAUGUUACCCGUAACAAAGUAAGAAAAACCUUUGUUGGUACCCCAUGUUGGAUGGCACCGGAAGUCAUGGAACAGGUGAGAGGUUAUGAUUUCAAGGCCGAUAUGUGGAGUUUUGGAAUAACUGCCAUUGAAUUAGCAACGGGAGCUGCACCUUACCACAAAUAUCCUCCUAUGAAAGUGUUAAUGCUGACAUUGCAAAAUGACCCUCCCACUUUAGAAACGGGUGUAGAGGACAAAGAAAUGAUGAAAAAGUAUGGGAAAUCCUUUAGAAAACUAAUUUCACUUUGUCUUCAAAAAGACCCUUCCAAAAGGCCCACAGCAGCGGAACUUUUAAAAUGCAGAUUCUUCCAGAAAGCCAAGAAUAGAGAAUACCUGAUAGAAAAGCUUCUUACUAGAACACCUGAUAUAGCACAAAGAGCAAAAAAGGUUAGACGAGUACCUGGCUCUAGUGGCCAUCUUCAUAAGACAGAAGAUGGGGACUGGGAGUGGAGUGAUGAUGAGAUGGAUGAAAAGAGUGAAGAAGGCAAAGCUGCAUUUUCUCAAGAAAAGUCAAGAAGAGUAAAAGAAGAGGCGAAUACAGAGAUUUCCAUGAAUGCCACUAAUAUCCCAGAACAGAUCCAGAAUCUAUCUAUACAGGACCCUCAGUCCCUGCCUACUGUUAGUGAUGAAUAUACUGAAGUUCCACAUGCAGUGAAUCUUGUUCUAAGAUUAAGGAACUCUAGAAAGGAACUUAAUGACAUACGAUUUGAGUUUACUCCAGGCAGAGACACGGCCGAUGGCGUUUCUCAAGAGCUGUUCUCUGCAGGCCUCGUUGAUGGUCACGAUGUUGUUAUAGUUGCUGCUAAUUUACAGAAGAUAGUAGAUGAUCCUCAGGCCUUGAAAACAUUGACUUUUAAAUUGGCUUCUGGUUGCGAUGGCACGGAGAUCCCUGAUGAGGUGAAACUGAUUGGGUUUGCUCAGUUAAGUGUCAGCUGAUGUCUGUCCCUUGACGCCCAGCAGAAUUGUGAGUUUGUGAGGAGGCCAGCUUAGAUGCGAAGAAAAUUAAAGCACCCACACUGAGUUCUGCUUCUCUAGCAAUUCACAAAGUCAGAAGAAGCAAAGCCCUCAGCUACACCGCUGCUGCUAACAUUCAAAAUGCUACUAAACGUCUCUUAUCAAUUUGGAUUUCCCCUAUGUGAAAAGCAUAAGGAAAUGCACUCAGGUGGCUGUAUUUAUUGGUUACAGAAGGAAUUUUCUAUUAAAUUUAUUUCAGUUUUCAUAAAAUUUCAGUGAUACUAUUUUAAUUAUGUACUUCUGAUUGACAAUACCACCUAUCUUCUGUUGUAUUUAGAAAUUAACAUACUUACAAAAGUUAACCUAUAUUAGCCAAACUUGAAUUCUAGUUUUAAAACUGACUGUGAAUUUUAUUUUUCAUUUAUUUAUGCAUUACACGUCCUAGCUAUAAGAAAAUGAUUGAGCUGAUUAUGUGCUACUUGCAGUUAAUCUCCUGUUGAAACAAAGUUUCAGGUAUAUCUUUGAAGUAUUUGUAACUUCUAGUUUCUGAAAUGAUUGAAUUAUGAGUUUAGGAAGACUUUGUUGGUUUGUGUGUCUAAAAACCAAUCCACAAUCUGAUCGUCAAGGGUGUGGGAGGUGCCUUGCGGACAUUGAUGUUUUGAGAAUGUGCCUGAGGCUGCUUAAAUCUAGAAUAGUCUCAGUUCUAGAAGCACCAUAUAUAUUUGUCUGAGUUAGAAGGGGAUAUACUGUAGCAAAGACUUUAGACAAGUUUGACCUAAACUAUGCUUUGUUGGGGAGUCUACAAGCAAGAAUUAUUAUAAAAUGUUGCCAUUAAGCUAGAUUGCUUACGGUGCCCAUAUCUGAUUUGGCUUAUCCUUAAGCGAUAGAAAUUAUUUUGUAAAGGUGAUAAAACUUGAACAGAGUCUGAGUUUUACUUGAAAUUCUGCAAAAUACCAAGGUGGAGUGAAAAUAAUAGAAAGGGGUUUGUGCAAUGACUAAAAGGUAAAAUUUUGUUGUUAAAAAACAAAACAAAAAAAACCCAAUUCUGACCCAAGUAGUCUUAUGCUUAACCUGUGACAUAGCUAUUAUGGAGCUAAUGACUUUUGAAAGAUUCUGAAAUUUGGAGCAUAUGUUCAAGGAGGUAUAUUCCUUGGAUGUUACCAUUUAAACUACUUCCUAGCUAAAACUAGAUAAAUGGCAGCUCUUUAAUGUACUGAAAAUGGCAAAUAUAUAUUAUUAAGAAAAAGUUAUUGAUAAUGCCUUGUCAUAAUUGUUGGGGUGUUCUAGAGCCAAUUGCAUAAAACUCAGUGUAAUUUCAUUCCAUUUUAUUGUUUACAUGAUUAUUCAAAGAUGACUGCAAAGGUAAAAGGAAAAUAAAAGUGUUGCACAAAUA